GAAAGUAGUUGUCUACCCGAUUCUGGCCGGCUGUUGAAAAACUCUUGCCCCCAAAAACACAACAAACUGUUGCACGUGUUGCACAGAGUCUCGAUUGCAUUCUCCGAAAAGCACUUGGCCAUAGCGCAAAGAGGAAAAUAGAAACACAUUCAGAAUGGGCUGCGCAACGGGCACCAUCAAGUACUCUCUGUUCCUGUUCAAUGCCUUAUGGGCGAUACUCGGCAUUUUGGUGCUUAUCUUUGGGGGCCUCGGGUGGGGGGCGAUGCCUGACCAGUAUGCCAUUGGCAUUCUUGUUCUGGGCGGCAUUAUCCUCCUGAUAUCCCUCUUUGGUUGCUGUGGCGCCGUUCGUGAAUCGCCGCGCAUGCUCUGGACGUACGUAUCGCUGCUGGUUGUGUUGCUGGUGCUGAUAGCCGCUUUCAUUGUUCUCAAUCCGCGGGAUGUGUUCAAGAACUAUGCCCUGCAGACGGUUGAGGAUCAUUGGCAGCUGGAACAGACGCAGCCGGGCAGCAUGGAUCUCAUCCAGAAGACAUACUCCUGCUGUGGGCGAAAUAGUGCCCAGGAUUAUCUGGAGAUCAGCUACUGGAACGCAAGUGUUCCCAACAGUUGCUGCAAGGACAACAACUGUGUGAAUCCCUUGAAUCUCUAUGCGGUCGGCUGCAUCAGCAAGGUGGAGGAGGCCUUCUCCGACGAGGCCACCACAUCGCGCUACCUGGAGUGGGGUCUCCUCGGUUUCGAUGUUGUUAUUCUCUCACUGGCCAUCAUCUUGGCCAUACACUACACGAAUCGCCGACGACGCUAUAACUAUUAACACGUACACAUAUGUAUAUGUAUUUAGCACCUAAGCAAGUCAAUCUACUUAACAUUUACCAGUCUCAUUUGUAAGUCACACCGAUGUACCUUGCUUAGAGCCACAGCACACAGCGCUGUGUAUGUGUUCCACUUGCCAAGCAAUUGAAGUUGCCUUAAAUAUACAAUUCAUACAAACAAA